AAUCUUUGGCAUUGGUGUUUACAUAUUCUCAAGAAUCUUCAGCAUUGACAAUUUAUGUGCCUAUAGCUUCAAAAACCUUUAGUGUUAGUAUUAGCAUGUACAUAGUUUUAAGAUCUUUGGCGCUG